AUGGCCACCGUUAAACCGAUGCGAAGUUGUCCCGGCCGAUCGGCGACCGACGUCGAGCAAAACUGGUACCACAUGCGUUUGGCGCCAGGCCUUGGCAUCUGCUCCGCCUGCUACCACCAGCACAUCCUCCCGACGCCCUUCGCCUCCAACUUUGCCCACGAGCCGGACUCCUCCGGCGCCCGCCGCUACUGCGACUUUGACGUGCCUCGCACCCGCGCCGUGCUCCGCCAAGCCCUCGCCGACAAUGACAUUGCCGCCUUCCAGGCGUACUGGACGCGCCGCGCGGGGACCCCCCGCUGCAAGGGCGCCGGUGCCGGCGUCGCGCCCGCGGAUGGCUUCUCCUGGUUCCAGCUGGCCGAGCCCCUAGCAGGGGGCAAGCAGCUGGGGGCUUGCAACGCGUGUUAUGAGGACCACGUCUUAGCCUCGCCGUUUGCAGAGCGCUUCGCGAGCACGCCGGUGAAGCAGCCGCAGGACCAGACGUUCGAGUGCGACCUGGCCUGGGAGUUUGUGCAGAAGCUGCUGUGCGGUGGGACGCAGGACUGGGCGCAGGUGUCAAGCUGGCUGCUCUUCCGUAAGGGCCUGCCGCGGUGUCUCCAGGCGGCGGCGGGAGCGCCGGAGGAGCGGCGCUGGCACAGGUUGCGAGCGCCGGAGUUCGGCGCGCUGCUGACCUGCGAGGCGUGCUACUACGACGCCGUGCACGGCACCGUCGCCGCCGAGCACUUCCUGGCGUCCCCGGUGGUGCUGCCGCCCGGGUCGCUGACCGUCGUGUGCAUGGUCGGCGGGCACGUGGCGCUGCGCGUCGUGCUUGACGAGGCGAAGCGCCUCGGCGACUGGGCCGUCUUCCACCGCGCCGCGCAGGCCGUCGUGCGCAACCCGCCGUGCCUGCGCGAGGGCACGCAGUCGCAAGUCUGGUACUCGGUGGUGCCGGCCUCGCCGGAGAUCGACGUGUGCCCGGCGUGCCACGCAUGCCUGUUCGAGGCCCUCGGCGCCGGCCACCUCCUGCAGCCCAAGUACGUGCCGCCCGGCCAGCCGCGCCUGUGCAGCAUGAACCUCGCCGCGCCGCACGUCGCCGCCAUCUACAGGCGGCUGGACAUGGCCCUCGACUCGGGCGACCUCGCCGGCUUCGCUUCCUUCCUGCGCCUGGUCGCGGAGCUGCCCGCCUGCCCCGGCAACAAGCCCGUCGCCGGCCUGCGCUGGUACACGCACGAUUUGUUUUCCUGCUGCCCCGCCUGCUGGCACACCGCGCCCAUCCGGGACACCAAGCUCGCCCAGUGCUUCGCCUCCGAGACGGAGGUCUCCUCGCUGCUCAAGUGCGACUUCUACUCGGGCCGCGUGCGCGACCUCUGGCGCCUCGCGUGCAUUGAGGACGAUCUCGCCGGGUUUGCCGGGUUCAUGAAGAAGCGGCACCAGAUCUGGCAGCAGACGUACCCGGCGAUCCAGCAGCAGCUGGCGAUCAUGCGGAUGAACCUGCAGCGGCAGUCGACGCUGAUGAUGGCAUCGGUGCUCAACACGGGCGCGAAUAAUAUCGUCUCCGCGGCCUCCCCGGUGGGACUGCAGGGCCAUUACGGCAACUCGGCGAUCGGGUACGGGUACGAGACCAUGGCGGGCGCGCAGGGCGCGAUACAGUUCAACCAGGCGACGAGCAUGGGGGGAGCGAACGCGGCGCCCGCGAUGGUGAUCACGCAGCUGGAGGGGCUGUGGAAGUCGGUCGAGUAA